CGCCUUUCUCCGCAUUUUCAUAUCUUAUCGGCUGCAGAGCCACUCGGACCCGCCAACGUCACAGAAUCUCCCCUUCUCUCUUUCCACUUCACUGUAACUUCAAACUUAUCAUUCAUUCCCCCUCCGAUGUCCCUCUUCUCAUUCAAUUCAAUUCGCUUCCCCUAUCGCUUCAUGGCUUCUCUCUCAAUCAACCAACCCUCCCUCCGUCAGCGACGCUUCGCCCCCCUCAAUGCGGAGGACCCGCGAGAUUCCUCCGCACCCGCUCUGAGGGGCAUCGUCUUCGACGUCGACGGCACAUUAUGCCUCCCUCAGAACUACAUGUUCGCAGAAAUGCGAGCCAUCCUUGGCAUCGACAAAAAAACCGACAUCCUGCACCACAUCGCCCGCCUCCCUACCCCAGAGGCCCGCCUCGAAGCCGCCGACAAGAUCAAGGCCAUUGAGCGCGAGGCCAUGCGACACCAGCAACCGCAGCCCGGGCUGGUGGAUCUGAUGGAUUAUCUUGAAGCGAAGGGCGUGAGAAGGGCGUUGUGCACAAGGAAUUUUGAGGCGCCCGUUACGAAUCUCCUCCAGAACCAUCUCCCGGCGCAUGUGUUCUUACCGAUCAUUACCCGGGAGACGCCCGGGUUGAUGCCCAAGCCUGAUCCGGCGGGGAUCUUGCAUAUUGCGAGAGAGUGGGGGUUGGAGGGGGGUGGGGAGGGAUUGAUCAUGGUCGGAGAUAGUCUCGAUGAUAUGACGGCCGGUCAUACGGCCGGGGCCGCGACCGUACUGCUCCUCAAUGACCACAACGCCCAUCUGAAAGACCACGAGCAUACCGAUCUCUGCAUUGAGCGGUUAGACGAGCUGAUAGAUAUCCUCGGCCGCGGGUUUGUCGGUCACAGAGGUGGGGAGAAAGUUCCCACGACCGAUGCACCACCGACCACCACGGUAUCAGCCCAAUGAUAUUGUCCAAUUUAUGAUUCGAGGAAAGACAAAGGCUUUUUUGUGACAUAUGUACAUAAUACGGUCGGAAAGGACCGGCCCUUGGCCCCUUUCCGUCUCACAAAGACAAUAAGACAGACAGUAAUCGUCCAGGGGGUAUAUACCAAGUAUGCAAACAUGCAUGUAUACCCACGGCCACUCGUAGAGGGGGUAUCUAUUAAUCGCAACAACUCAAUCAACCAUUCACAUCCUAUACCGAUCCCAUGCCUUUUUGCCUGCACUAGGCAACGGGCGAUACGCAUCUCCGCCAGUGCCUCCACCUCCCCCUCUCUUUCCAC